AUGAAGUUUGGGUACAAGUUUUCUAACCUCUUCGGAUCGGUUUAUCAUCGCGGAAACUUAUUAUUCACCCCAGAUGGCAACUCUGUCGUUAGCCCUGUAGGAAACAGAAUCACCAUCUUCGACUUACGGAACAACAAGACUUACACCUUGUCUGUGGAGAGUCGAUUCAAUUUCACAGCUCUUGAUCUUUCGCCCGAUGGUUGCAUUCUGAUCGCUGUUAAUGAACAAGGAGAGGCACAUUUGAUCAGUUUAAUAAGCAAAACUACAGUUCACAAGUACCGCUUCAACAGGAAAGUUAGAUGUGUGCGGUUUAGUCCAGAUGGGAAACAUUUUGCUGCAUGCAAGGAGAACAAUGUCUUCGUAUUCAAAUCUCCCGGGCCGGCCACCGGGCAAUUUAACCCUUUUAUCAUGGAAAGAGUAUUCCACGGUGCCUUUGAUGACACUACGUGCCUAUGCUGGUCUUCGGACUCAAAAGUUUUGGCUGUAGGUUCCAAGGACAUGUGUACCAAACUUUACCCUAUGGAAAAAUUUGCUAACUUUAGAGCAAUGACUUUGGGAAGUCAUUCUGAUGCAAUUAGAGCUAUUUUCUUUGAAAAGAAUUCGCUAGACAUGAUAACUAUUGCCAGGAAUGGUCAUCUUUGUGUUUGGGAAAGCAGUAUUGAUCUUUCGGAUUUAGAACCAUGGGAGCCAAAACAGAAAGUAAAGAAGGAAGCUGAAAACAGUGACAGUGAAGAUGAUAUUCCACCGAAAAAAUAUGAUGAAGCUGAUUCCUCAAAGAAAAAAGACGACGAUAUGGACAUAGAGGAGGAUGGUGCAGUACAAAAAUUAGUGUACAAAAGAUUAGCCAGACACUAUCUUAAUGAUCUGGUUCGGACGGACAGAAGUGCAACCUUAACGUCAGCUGCAUAUCAUGAAAGCACUCACGUGCUUGUAACUGGUUUCUCAUGUGGAUCAUUCUUCUUGCAUGAAAUGCCAAAUGUCACCCUUAUUCACUCUCUUAGCAUCUCUGAUCAAGUGAUUGCCACUGUGUGCCUGAAUGCUCCGGGUGACUGGAUUGCUCUUGGGUGCGCUGGUCUCGGUCAACUGCUAGUCUGGGAAUGGCAGAGCGAGACAUACGUCAUGAAGCAGCAAGGUCAUUCCAAUAAUAUGACAUGUAUGGCUUACUCUUCAGAUGGCCAGUAUGUCGUGACAGGUGGUGGUGAUGGCAAGGUCAAACUGUGGAAUACCUCCUCGGGUUUCUGCUUUGUUACAUUCCAUGAGCACACUGGUGCUGUGUCAGGAGUGCAGUUCAGCCAGAAUAGGAAAUUUGUCAUCUCAUCCUCCUUGGAUGGCACGGUCAGAGCCUUUGAUAUGACCCGAUACCGAAAUUUCCGCACCCUGACAUCUCCCCGGCCUGUGCAGUUCACAUGUGUCGCCAUUGACAAGAGUGGGGAGUUUGUGGCAGCUGGAGGACAAGAUGUAUUUGAAAUUUACCUCUGGUCUAUGAAACUUGGCCGACUCUUGGAAAUUCUGUCUGGUCAUGAAGGCCCAGUGUGCAGUGUGGCAUUCAGUCCUAGCCUAACCAGUACUGCCAUGGCUUCUGUCAGCUGGGACAAAACACUCCGCAUUUGGAAUGCAAUUGAAUCUGGUUCAGCACAUAACACUGUUUCUCUAUCUGGAGAUGGUCUGUUUGUUACAUACCGACCAGAUGGAGAGGAGAUUGCUGUGGCUUCUCUUGAUGCUCAGAUUUCAUUUUUCAAUGCUAAAACUGGAGACCAAACAAGCAGUAUUGAGGGCCGAAAGGACCUUGGAAGUGGACGUUCUGACACAGACCUUGUUACUGCUAAACAAUCUUUAAAGGGAAAGGCAUUUAACAGUCUUUGCUACUCAGCUGAUGGACAAAACAUUUUGGCUGGUGGACAGUCAAAAAAUGUUUGCAUUUACAAUGUGAAAGAGUCAAUGUUAGUGAAGAAGUUUGAGAUAACUCAGAAUAGAUCAUUUGAUGCUGUUGAUGACUUUGUCAACCGGCGCAACAUGACUGAAUUCGGUAACUUGGCUCUUGUGGAGGAGAGAGAAGUCAACGAAGGAGGCAAUGUUGCGGUUCCUCUUCCUGGAGUGAGGUCAGGUGAUAUGGCUUCUAGAAAUGUCAAGCCCGAGGUUCGAGUUUACUCACUUCAGUUCUCACCAACUGGUCAAUCUUGGACUGCAGUCACAACAGAAGGACUUUUGGUCUACUCACUUGACGCUGGUUUGGUCUUCGACCCUUUUAUGUUGGAGUUGGGUAUUACCCCUGAGUCAACUAGGAAAACUCUAGAAGAUGAGGAUUAUGCUAAAGCGCUUAUGAUGGCUGUGAAGAUAAAUGAACAAGACCUUACCCAGGAAGUUUUGGAAUCGAUACCAAUUGGAAGCUUGGAGCUGACUGUUUCAUCCAUGCCAGCCAUGUAUCAAAUUAGGGUUCUUAAGUUUGUAGCAAGCUCAUUGGAAAGCACAAGGCACAUUGACUUCUAUCUCCGAUGGUCAACAUUCCUUUUGAAUUCUCUCAGUCCUGGUUUACUUCGUGACAGAGGUUCAAUUACACACUCACAACUUAUGCCUGUUCUGUUGACACUGCAGAAGGCUAUUACUCGCAAGCGUGACGAUCUUGCAAAAAUCUGUGAUUAUAACAAGUACACUCUUCGCUAUCUGAAGAAGUUGAGCGUGCUGAGGAAGAGCGACAAUGCUCUGGAAGGCACCUCCGAUGGUGAAGAAAAUGGCAACUCUGACAAUACAGAUGAAGAGGAACUGAUGCUUAUGGGGUGAAGCAGAUGUUAAUUGGUUACUGUUAAUAAAGAUGUAUUUAAUUUUA